AUGACUAACCCAGAAUUGAUCACAACCACUAAGUGCAUUGGUGUUACCUCUUUAGGUCUAUAUGCAGGCCUACUAACCUCUACCUCUUUAAUCACAUCUGCCACUCCUUUGGAUGUUCUUACUGGCUCUUUGAAGAACCUGCUCUGCAAAAUUGGCUGCUGGGCAACUGCUUUCGGUUCCGUGUCCACCAUCUCCUUGGCUGUCUCUUACUUUUUGUCUGAGAAGCCACAAAGAUCAAACACCAGAUUGGCUGGUGCUUUGAUCGCACCAAUUACGGGUCUAUACUUAUACGCCUCUUCUUUGGCUAACCACGGUUGUUGUCCAAGUAAAGCCAAGGAAAGUGGCCUGCCAGAGGGCCAUCCACAAGUCGGAGCGGAUGCUCCAGUUUGCCCAUUCUCUAAGACUACUGAUGGCUCUAAUGGUUCUUUCCACAAGGGUUCCAUCAAGAGUGACAAGUGUUACAACGCUUUGCUAUGUCAUUUGACUGUCGUCACUCUAACCACCUGUGGUGUCUUUGCCAAGAGUGUCUUCGACGGUUUCCAAGGCUUGUUGUAA